AUGGGAGCUACGAUAUCCAGCCUAAUGGGCGCGCCCAAGCGGCCCCAGUUUCCUACAGUGCCCACAGACCAAGUACUUCCUAUGCAUGCCUUCGAUGAUACGCCGUUUAUGCGCAAAUGUCCAAUGCUCUGGACGAUACGAUUCGAUGAGAUUCUUGACGCCGAUAUGUUGAACGAAGCACUCUCGAAACUUUUUGAGAUGGACGGAUGGAGAAGACUUGGCGGCAGAAUACGCCUUAACGACCAAGGCAAAGCUGAAGUCCAUGUUCCCAAGGAAUAUUCAGCACAAAGACCAGCUGUUUACUUCACCAAGGCUGCUUAUGACAUGCCCUUUGCAGACCACCCCGAAGCAUCCAAACUACCCACUAGAUCAGAUGCAAUCGCCUUCUUUCCAAAUCCUGCCGAUUUCCAAUCAAUCGGUAUAGGUCCUGGUGCACCAACAUCAUUUGAGGACCUUUGCUCCACCGAUGCACCACAAUUCUCUCUGCACGUUGUCACAUUCCAAGACGGUACACUGGUAUCACUCACCUUUUCACAUAUGACCACUGACCUAGGCGGUUUGUCAUUGGUUCUUGAAGCUUGGUGUGCAAUCCUAGCUGGAAAGCCUGAACAAGUUGCUAAAUUCCCAGGAUACAAAGAUGAUAUUAUGGCUGGGCUGUAUCGAGCUGAAACCACGGAGAAAUCAAAAACCGACGGUUCUCUUCUCUCGGGUUGGAGGCUUGCGGUCUGGGCUCUUAGGGCGGCUUAUGAUGGGUGGAUGUAUCCCCUCGAGUGUCGAAUGCUGCGUGUGCCAGCCAAGGCUAUUAACGCCAUAGUAGCCGAAGCCAGGAGUGAAAUUUCACUUGAGAAAACUACUGACGGCAGCAAACCAUUUGUUUCAGAGAAUGAUGUCAUCUUGGCCCUCUUCAACCGCUCUGUUGCUAAGAGUAUGGGCAGAGGUCGAGCCAUCGUCACUCUCAUCGCCGUCAACCCACGCGAUCGUCUCAAAAACCUCUUCCUUCCCGACUCAGCAUACGUCCAAAACGCACCCUGCGGAGCAUUUUUCUACUGUCCCGUUAAAGACGCACAGGAUCUUCCCCUCGGAAAAGUCGCCAUGCUUUCCCGGCAGGCCGUCGUUGAGUACUUGACCGAAGGACAAAUCAAGGCUGCAGCCAAGGCAGCUUACGAGUCCAUGAUCGAAGGUGGAAACCCGCCUAUCGUGGGUGAUACGACAACUUCAAUGAUUAUGUCGUCUAAUUGGGCCAAGUCGGGGUUCUUGGAUAAGACUGAUUUUGGACCUGCGGUUGUAGGGGGGAGUGGGGGACCUGUGAGGCCGAAUUAUUAUCAUAUGGGAAAGCUUACGCCUAUUAUUUUCCCUGUGUCAGUUGGGAUCAAUAUGGGGCGGGAUGGGGAUGGGAAUUUGUGGCUUGGCGGUGACUUAUCAGCGGCUUCGUGGGCGACGUUGAUGGAGUAUCUGAAGCGGUAUGAAUAG